AUAAGACUCAAACUCUUUUUUUCAGUUAGUGGAAACAUACUCUUUUUUUUUUUUGGUCUGACAUUCAAUACUUUGUUUUCUCAUCAAGUGGAAACUCCUGUCAUUGCAUUAUAUUAUUCAUGAAGUGCCUAUUAUUUCUUAAUCCAAUAUUUGGUUCCUUUCUUUUGUUGUUUCUACCAUGGCUUUCUCUUCUUGCUUUUGCUAUUCUUCAUUAUUAGGAUUGAAGGGACAAAAAAUUUCAUUCCCUAUCAAAAGCAAUUGUGAUGAGCAUUAUCUUUGUAACAAACUCAUUCUGAAAAGUAAAGUCAACUUAAUCAGAGAUUGGAGUUUCAUAGGAGGAGGAUCAAGAAGAAUUGUUGUGAAACAAAAAGUUAUGAGAAUGGCUUCUUAUAGAAAAGCUGGUCCAGUAUAUGCUUCAUGUAACCCUUUUUCUGUUCUACCUUUGCUACUUUUAACAAUGUUGUCUGGUUCACAACUUGCUAGCAGUGCCUUUACAGUUGGAACAACAGCAGUACUCCCAUUUUACACACUCAUGGUUCUGGCUCCAAAUUCUGAGCUAACUAAAAAAUCUAUGCAAAGUAAUGUGCCAUACGCAGUGCUUGGAAUUCUAUAUGCAUAUUUGUUGUACCUUUCAUGGACCCCUGAAACAGUUGAACUGAUUUUUGCAAGUAAAUAUUUGCUACCAGAGCUUAAUAGUAUAGGAAAAAUGUUCUCCAGUGAGAUGACUUUAGCCUCUGCAUGGAUUCAUCUGCUUGUUGUUGAUCUCUUUGCUGCAAGGCAGGUAUUUCUAGAUGGACAAGAGAAUCAGAUUGAGACAAGGCAUUCAGUUUCUCUUUGCUUGUUCUUUUGCCCUGUUGGGAUUCUUUCUCAUGUCAUAACCAAAGCAAUGACUAAAAAUACCAAAGAAAACAAACAUGAUUUAUAGAGGGAACCUGUUUGUAAACUCCUACACAAUCAAAAUAUCAGAAAUUCAUGUUUGAGUUGAAGUUACUUCUAAAUAUCAUUAGAAUUUCUUUUUCACUCAAAUCAAAAUUAUUACAAGUUAUAUGUUAUAUCACAAAUGUAUGUAUUCAUUAUUUUGACUAAUCAAAAGUCAGAUUUAGCGUCGGCCAAAAGUCAUUUUUUUUAA